AUGAAGUAUUCAUCAUCUUUAGUUGCUUCAGUGUUUUUAUAUUUCAUUACAGCAAUUUCUGCUCACAAUGUUUUAUUACAUCCUUAUGGUAAACAAUGUUUUUUUGAAGAAUUGAAAAAGAAUGAUGAACUUGCUGUGAGUUUCCAAGUUGGUUCUCGUAACCCACAUAAUGCUGAACAAUAUACUAUUGAUUUUUAUAUUAAUACUCCACAAGGACAAACUAUUUUGAAAAAAACUGAUUUAGAUCAUGGUGAUGAAGUUGUUAAAGCUCCUUCUUCAGGUAAAUAUACUUAUUGUUUUAGUAAUGAAAAAUCCGGUAGAGUUGAUCUUGAUGUUUCAUUUAAUAUUCAUGGUGUUGUUUAUGUUGAUGUUAAUGAUCCAAAACUGGAUAGUUUGGAAUAUGCUAUUCAAAGAUUAAAUCAAUUGACUGAAGAUGUUAAAGCUGAACAAGGUUAUUUGGUCUUGAGAGAAAGAACUCAUAGAAAUACCGCAGAAUCCACCAAUUCAAGAGUUAAAUGGUGGUCUGUUUUCCAAAUCCUUUUUGUUGCCGUUAACUCCAUCUUUCAAAUCUAUUACUUACGUAGAUUCUUUGAAGUUCAAUCUGUUGUAUAA